AUGAAAUUGUCACCAGCACAGCAAGGUUUAAUUCGAAAUAUGGUCAAUGUUUUCCGAAUCUGCGUCCAGUGGGGUAGCGUCCCCUUUAUUGUUUAUUUAGGAUUUCGACAUGGAGCAGAUCGUCAUCCGAAUGGUGAAGUGGUGCCACUAUCAUUCACUGGUCUUUUUUACGGAUAA